GCAGGCGCACACCGAUAGUCAGUUCCGGAACAAGCGCUGCGUUUCUCAAGGGAAACUUCUGAGGAUUCCCGGAGUGAUAAUGGCUACCUACAGCCUGGCGAACGAGCGACUACGCGCCCUGGAAGACAUCGAACGGGAAAUCGGCGCCAUCCUUCAGAAUGCAGGUUUGGGAUGCGACAACCCGGACGGCGGGGAGCGAAAACGAGGCCGAGCUGCACCCACAGGCUGACCGGGAACUUGCAGCAGGGUUGGGGAGGGAAUUCUCCUACGUGCGUGCGCAGCUAAAGGGCGGGACUGAGAAGGGCUGGCCCUGGGGCGGGGCUACACUGGCUGUCUCCGGGUGUCCUCGCCCCCUCUCCGCCCUGGCAGGUACAGUGAUCCUAGAGUUGUCCAAGGAAAAAACCAACGAGCGGCUUCUAGACCGGCAGGCGGCGGCCUUCACCGCUUCAGUGCAACACGUGGAGGCGGAGCUGUCAGCUCAGAUUCGCUACCUCACCCAGGUACCAUGUUUUGGGGUGUCGUGUUCUGAGCUCCAACGGAGGGAAGAGGAGUGAGUCAGGGAGAAUAUCAAGCUGAAAGCCAGAAGAGGAAGACGGUGACAGAGAGAAAAGGUAGGGAACAAGGAAGUGAGCCAACCACGAGACAAGUGUGUAUCAUAAACCGGGAAGUCAGGAGACCAAGGCUGGAGUCCUGGCUCUGCUGUAAAGUAGCUGUGUAACCUCAAGUAGCUUUGAAGCCUCCAGCAGCUGUGUAACCUCGCCCCUUGUCUCCCACUUCUCUGGAACUUAUUUCUUCUAGCUAUAAAAUGAGGAUAAUUGUAGUACCAAGGGCCAGGGUAGCUGGGAGGAUUAAAGGAAAUCAUACAGGUCUGGGCAGACUUAAAGGCAGUAUAGGUGAUGCUGAUGCUACAAAAGUUUAACUAGCUCAUGGAAGAACCCUUGGCAUUUUAAUGGUUGUAUAUUUAUUUUAGGAGAAAAAUACAACCAGUGCAUUAAACUUGUGACUUCACAGAGGUUAUUGCUUAGGAUAAUUUGCUAUUUAAAUUUUCUUGUUUUUUUCUUUUUUUUCGUUGCCCUGGCUGGAGUGCAAUGGUGUGAUCUCAGCUCACUGCAACCUCUGUCUCCAGGGUUCAAGCGAUUCUCCUGCCUCAGCCUCCUGAAUAGCUGGGAUUACAGGCACGUGCCACCAUGCCCAGCUAAUUUUGUGUUUUUAGUAGAGACAAGGUUUCACCACAUUGGUCAGGCUGGGCUCCAACUCCUGACUUCAGGUGGUCCGCUGCCUUAGCCUCCCAAAGUGCUGGGAUUACAGGCAUGAGCCACCAUGCCCAACCUCUAUUUAAGUUUUCAAAACUGGUUUGUGCACACUUAAAAGUAAUUCAUUUCACCGUAUGUAAAUUUGAACUCAAAAGAAAAAAGAUUGUUAAAAUAUUGAACGCUACUUAAUAUACAUGCUGAGAUGUUUUGGGGUGAAGCACAAUGAUGCCUGCAACCUGCCUUGAAAUGCAUCAAGAAACAAGGUGAUUGAUGAUGGACAGAAGGAUGAAUAGAUGGAUAUGCAAUAAAGUGAAUGUCAUGUCAGUGCUCUAACACUGAUAUUGUAAAAUAUAUGUUCAUGUAAAUAUUUAAAAUAUAUAAAUACAAUUGUAGUAUCUAGGUGGAGGCAUUGAAUAUUCGCUGUGCCAUUCUUUCAACUUUUACAUAUGUCUGAAUUUUCAUAAAAGAUUGGAAAAGAAAACUAGUACUUUGAUUUCAAGAAAAAUAUUAAUAAAUAGACAAUAGCACACGUGGUAGAAUGAAUUGGCAAAAAUCAUGAAGGUGAUGGUGAAUGAUACCCUGUUUGGGAAAUAGGGACUAGAGUCUAAGUGCUUUGGACAGGAUCAGAAGAAGGUUCUAGGAAUGUUGCAGUCGCAGGGGAAAAGGCUCAGGUAAAGAAAACUGUCAGGUGGAAGCCGCUAAGCCAUGGGGGCAAAGCCUGAAGAGCAGCGGGGAAGUCUCACCUCUGCGAUCAAGGCAGUUCUUCAAUUCCUGUACCCUUGGGUCCUUGCUGCUCCCACACACGCUUCGGAGAGGCAGCUGGAACCUGCGGGGGAGCGACCUGGGCUCAGCUGCGGCUCCUCCUUUCCUUCCCCAGCUCCUUCCUCAUUCCAGAGGCGUGAAGUCGCCACCAAGAAAGAGCCCUUUCUCCUGGGACUGGGAAAUUCCCCUGUAGGUGCGUCGGAAUAAUGAAGUUUCGGGGAAUGGGAGCAAACAGAACCCGGAGAUGGGGCGAGCUGCGCCGGGAAGGAGUCCAGGUUUGACCGGAGAAGGUCCUGGAGGCACCUGGCAAGGAGGGACCUCGUAGGCGCUGCCGUCGCAGAGGCAGGUGAGAAAAUUACCUGAU